AUGGAAGGUGGACAAAUUACAAAUAAAGAAGAAGGCAGCAAUGAUAGUGAUAGUGUUGUGAGUGUAAAACAUGAACUUGUGAAUGAAACUAUUUUAAUGGAAGGUGGACACAUUAAAAUAAAGGAAGAAGGCAGCAAUGAUAGUGAUAGUGUUGUGAGUGUAAAACAUGAACUUCACACCGGAGAGAAACCAUUUGCAUGUGAUAUUUGUAAUAAACGAUUUACUCGGCGAACUUCCUUAGUUAGACAUAAACGUAUUCACACCGGAGAGAAACCAUUUUCAUGUGAAAGUUGUAAUAAAACAUUUACUCAACAACAUCAUUUAGUUUUACAUAAAAAGAUUCAUAGUGGAGAGAAACCAUUUUCAUGUGAUGUUUGUAAUAAAACAUUUACUUGGCAAAGUGAUUUAGUUGUACAUAAAAGGUUUCAUAGUGGAGCAAAACCAUUUUCAUGUGAUAUUUGUGAUAAAAGAUUUACUUCAUCAACGCAUUUAGUUACACAUAAACGUAUUCACAGCGGAGAAAAACCAUUUUCAUGUGAUGUUUGUAAUAAAACAUUUACUACAUCAUCGCAUUUAGUUAGACAUAAACGUAUUCACAGCGGAGAAAAACCAUUUUCAUGUGAUGUUUGUGAUAAAAGAUUUACUUCAUCAACGCAUUUAGUUACACAUAAACGUAUUCACAGCGGAGAAAAACCAUUUUCAUGUGAUGUUUGUAAUAAAACAUUUACUGAUAAAAGUGUUUUAGUUAAACAUAAACGUAUUCACAGCGGAGAAAAACCAUUUUCAUGUGAUGUUUGUGAUAAAAGAUUUACUUCAUCAACGCAUUUAGUUACACAUAAACGUAUUCACAGCGGAGAAAAACCAUUUUCAUGUGAUGUUUGUAAUAAAUCAUUUACUCAGAGAGGUGAUUUAGUUAGACAUAAACGUAUUCACACCGGAGAGAAACCAUUUUCAUGUGAUGUUUGUAAUAAAACAUUUACUGAUAAAAGUGUUUUAUCAUGUGAUGUUUGUGAUAAAAGAUUUACUUCAUCAACGCAUUUAGUUACACAUAAACGUAUUCACAGCGGAGAAAAACCAUUUUCAUGUGAUGUUUGUAAUAAAACAUUUACUACAUCAUCGCAUUUAGUAAGUUUAUUGAAAAAAGGUAAGGAAAAAGAAAUUCAUAAUGGGUAA